GACGGUAGCACGUUUUCAGCUUCCGCUGUAGUAGAAUGCACAAGCAUGGUGAAAUCCAUCAAAGACAACCAAUUCAAGCUGGAUGCCCUUGGCAGCAGCACAAUUCUUAUGUGUCGUGCACUUUCUCAUCCAAUUGACGAAUCGCAGGCUUAUAGCAUUUCAGCGGAACUUCUGAAUAAGAUGAGUUUUCGGGGAGUGAACACCGGACAUCCUGGACUACUGUACAACGCUUUGGAUGAGAAUAACUUUGACUUUGUUUACUUCCGGUGAGUUUGAUCUGUUUUGUUAUGAAUUUUUUUGUCAGGCUUUUAAACUCUAGUUGGACUUUAACAGAAUUGCAGGAUACGAAGAAAAGCUGGAUAUUGACCGGGAUAUAUAAGCGUUAAACAGACUCAUUUCCAGUUCCUUUUUCUUCAUUAACAAUAACGUGGGAGAAAGAUACUUGAGUUUCCGUUUACAUCAAUUACAAUAUCUUAAUCCUAACUUGUUUGUGAUAAAUAAAGAAGCCUUCAAUAUCCCCUUUGAACAUUAUUGAUCCAAAGAGUAAUAAGGUAAGUGGCGAACAUGCCCCAAUAAGGCCUACAUAACCAAAGCUUAACCCCUCCCUGUAGGAGAAGGUAGCACCUUAUAUUAUUAUAAGUAAGAAGCAUUUAGAAGUAAGUAAUAACGGUCGCAGGAAAUGCUGGGAUUGGCGGAAGUAAAAUCGCGUAUUAAAUUUGUACGGACCUCCCUCCAUGCAUGGCCUACCGCGCAGACGUUUUAGGGAUUCGUAACGCGUUCUUCCCCACGAAGGAAAGGAAGGAACACGUGACGAUGCCCUGAGAACCGUCUGCGUGGGAGGCCGCUCCAUGCAAUGCGUUCUCAUCAAAAUUAUCCAAAGUCUGAUAAGUCAAGAAAGAAUGAUGGGAGCAUUCUCUCUUGUGUAAGUAGAUUAUUGCACAGUCCUGUGGACAGGAUGAGCGGCCAGAUGGGCGGGAGUACACUGCAGUCCGGAGAAGCAGUUUCUUGAAGGUUAAAAGUUUUCUCAGAUUCUUAUUAGAAUUAUUUAUUCAGACCUCACUGGGUCGGUGGAUGUUAUCAGACUGGAUACAUGGCCAAUGGAAAGUUGACGCUUGUCAAGACUGCUGCGUGUCCUAAUGGACCUCCAAAAGGUGGUGUCUGGUUCCCAGUUUCAGUCACAGUGCACAGUCAAGAUGUACAAGUGUACCACAGUGGGGUCCUGGUGGCGUCCAUCAAGUCCCAUUUUGCUCCAAGGGCCUGUGGAGGGGUAUUCACUUUUCAUGGUUAUAAAAACGUGGUCCUCUUUAGGAAUUUCAAAAUUGCCCCUCAGACGUACAUCACUAAGAGAUGCAAAAAGGUAGUGUGAAACAUCUAUGACACAAAAGCGGUACUUUGACGCCAGUCAAUGACACAAUAAGAAAUGACUCUCAGCAACGACUUUGUUUUACAAGGGAUUUUACGACUUUGUUUUACAAGAUUCCAUGCUAGAAUGCUAGUUCAUUACAGUGGAAUCCCGCCGAUUUCUCCAGCCCUCGGUUUUUUCGAACUUCCCAAUGAACCAAAAAAAUUAGACCUACAGGGCGCGAUCCAUUCAACCAAAAUUCCAACCGGUCCGACCGGGAAAAGUGGUCCACCUCAAAAGGUGGACCCGUUUUUUCGAAACUUUUCUGGUUGGACCGAACCGAUCCAUUGAGUUUUGGACCGAAAUUUCCGGAAAUUUUGGUUGAAUGGAUCGCGCCCACAGACAACUUCCCUUUACCAGUCAAAACCUGUAAUAAAUGAGUUCGAACUUAUUUCCUUUUCCCAAGAUGGUUCGAAAAAUAGGGAUUCCUCUACACAAAUAAACUUAAUAAACUUAUAAACUUGUUCUCCAAAAGUGACAUGACCAGUUUGGCCUUUAUUAAAUGCUGACUCAUUUUGCUUUAUUUAAAGGCCCAUCAACACGGCUGUAAAGAACUCGGAUACUUAGUUUUAAUCUCUAGUUUCAAUUUUUUGUUCUUUCGGCUCGGGUUAUGUUUUUUGAUAUCAGGUCUUAAGCACAUUUAAAAAUCACUCAGUGUAGCUUUUAGUACACUUUUUUGUCCUUCAAGGCUUCAAACAUAGCACACACCACGUUCGGAUCGGUCUCCUUUUUGAGUUUAAUUUUACUUAAUUUUCCGACGAGUCCACCCUGUUCUCCAAGAAGAGUGAUGAAGAGGAAUUUUCACACAAGAUUUUACUUCAACACAUACACGUAAUUUAAUGUACGCAGGUUGAUGAGCUACCUGGAUACACUAAAGUGGAUGCUGCCCAUGGACGUUGGCCGCAGGAUGGCUUCUGUCAAGUAGCGUACCUUAGAGACAGCAGUACAUCAAGUUAUCAGCUCUCAGUCGAUAUGUACAACUUCAUUGGAAGUGGGGGAGUCAACUAUGGUCACCCAGGAGUGUUUUUAAACGCCGAAGAUCAAGACAACUAUGACUUCGUCUAUUUCAGGUUUGUAGCAAUUUAUACACGCAUAAGAGGGAAAUUAUCGGUAUUUUGAUUUCAAACUUGAGCGACAAUUUGAAUUUUUCAAUACCUUCUUACGACCAGUUUGGAAAUGAUUUCGGGGGUAUUUUCGGGGUAUUAGAAAUUCUAUUUGAAGAUGAGGAGUGCUAUAUUAGCUGACAUGUUUUCGUGGCUCAGUUAUCCAAUAAGCCUUUUACUGGUCUUAUAAUCGCACUCGCUUAAUUUUACUUAUUGUAUCUUUUUAUUUCCCAGGCCUCAUUCAUCCAGCGGAUGUUUUCAGACGGGUUACGUUUACAAAGGUCAACCAAAAUUUGACGGAGCAAAGUCCGCCUCUUGCCCCAACGGUCCCCCCAAGGGAGCAGAAUGGUUCAACAUCAGGGUGGUCGUGUCGAACUCCACUCCUGCCGGGGAAGUGAAAGUAUACCUCAAAGGAAAAUUGGUGACGUCAUUCAACCCGCGCUAUCCAAUCAGAAAAAGUGUUGGUGUCUUGGUUGCCAAUGGUUACAAUAAUGUGGUGUAUUACAAGAACUUCAAGUUCUUGUAA